GGACUGACUAACUGGCGGCUGGAAUUUUGCACUGUGACGUCACUGCCUGCUGCUCUCCUAGAUUUGGGGAAAAAGAAGUUUCACUUUAUGUGGGAUUUGAAACUCUCUCAUUCUUAGAAAGCGAGUUCUCCUGUGUGGAUGAGCAUCCUAAAGUUCCCGGUGAAGCAGUGACGGAAUACCAGCGCUGCCCCGACAGAACACUCAGCGAAGAAGCUCCCUCUCCACUUGUCUGCAGAGCCCUGGGAUGCUGUAUCUGAUCCUUUUGUGACUUGCUGCUGCCCCUGUUUCCAGAAGAAUACACUGAAUCAUGUGGAGUGCCGACGGAAGUGAGCCUGGUCAGGUGAGCGCCCGCAUGGAGACCAGCCUGCCCAUGGGCACCACCAGCAUCUCGGUGUCCCAGCAGCAGCCCCCCAAGAAGUUCGCCCCCGUGGUGGCCCCCAAGCCCAAGUUCAACCCCUACAAACCCCCGGGGGAGGGGGCCGAAGGUGACUACCCCCCUCCGCCUCCACCUGUGGCUGAUGCCAGCGGACUCCCCUCCCCCUCCUCCUUCCCUCCCCCGCCCCCCAUGGGUGGCUCCCCACUGGGAUUUCAGGUGAAGGGCCCAGAGAAGACCCUGGAGGAGAGACGCUCCAGUCUUGACGCUGAGAUCGACUCCCUGACCAGCAUACUGGCCGACCUGGAGAGCAGCUCCCCAUACAAGCCCCGCAGUCAGCAGAACUCCAGCCCGGCCGUGACCAGCCCCAGCUCAGCCGCCCCGGUCACCGGCUACAAGCGCAUGGUCAUCCCCACGCAGCCGCCCCUGACCGCCACCAAGAAGUCCACCCCCAAGGCCCAGGGCUCUCCAGCGCCCCCUGGUGCCCCGCCGGCCUCCGCCAGCCCCGUGGCCAAGCCCCAGUUCCAGAUGGCGGCCGCCACCCCGCAGCCGGUCCCGGCCUCCUACACCACCGCCUCCACCCCGAGCCAGCCCACCUUCAAUGUCCAGGUGCGGGCAGCCCAGCCCGGGCCCCAGCACCCCCCGGUGCAGCAGCAGUACGGGCAGCCCAUGGUGCUGCAGCAGUCCAUGCGAGGCUCGGCCCCGGUGCAGUACAUGCCGGCGCAGCCCCGGGGGCCCGACUUCGCCUACGGGCCUCCGCAGCCCGGCUUCACGCCCGCCAUGCCGCCGCAGCCCAGCUACGCCGACUACACCUACGGAGGCGGCCAGAACACCUGGAGGGGAGAGCCGCAGGGGCAGGCCGGCUACCAGCCCCCCACCCCCAAGAAGACCUACAUCACGGAGCCGCCGGUGGGCCUGACUCCCUACACCACAGGGCCUCCCGUGCCCCAGAAGGCUCCUGUUGGCGGUCGGCCUGGUGCUCGUCCAGAGGAGGAGCUGGAGCGCCUGACCAAGAAGAUGCUCUACGACAUGGACCACCCCCCCACCGAGGAGUACUUUGGUCGCUGUGCCAGCUGCGGUGAGAAUGUGGUGGGUGAGGGCACCGGCUGCACUGCCAUGGACCAGGUGUUCCACGUGGACUGCUUCGUCUGCAUGACCUGCACCGCCAAGCUGCGCGGCAAGCCCUUCUACGCCGUGGACAAGAAGGCCUACUGCGAGCCCUGCUACAUAAACACCCUGGAGACCUGCAACAUCUGCAGCCAGCCCAUCAUGGAGCGCAUCCUGCGGGCCACGGGCAAGGCGUACCACCCCCAGUGCUUCACCUGCGUGGUGUGCCAACGCAGCCUGGACGGCAUCCCCUUCACCGUGGACGCCGCCAACCACAUCCACUGCAUCGAGGACUUCCACAAGAAGUUUGCCCCGCGCUGCUCCGUGUGUGCUGAGCCCAUCAUGCCGGCCCCUGGUCAGGAGGAGACGGUGCGCAUCGUGGCCCUGGACCGAGACUUCCACGUGCAGUGCUACCGCUGCGAGGAUUGUGGCACUCUGCUGUCAGAGGGAGACAACCAGGGCUGCUACCCAUUGGAUGGUCACGUUCUCUGCAAAAACUGCAACACCAGCCGCAUCCAAGCCCUCACCGCCAAGGCCACCACUGACCUCUGAAUCACACACACACACACACACACGCACACACAAAGAAACAUACAUCCACACUCACACUCCCAAGCACAUACACACACACACACACACACACACACACACACGUGCACACACAACAUACACAUGCACAAUAUAGAAACACUUGCAUGCACACAAAAAAUGUUCAGUCACACCCCUGAAAAAAGCUGCCUGCUUUGACCAAGCUCGACAGUAUGCGAGCACACACACACAUACACAAACACACACACACGCACACAUGCACACACGAUGAAAAUACAUUUAUAAUUUUAAGUAUCCUCGUUAGUUUCACCAGUGCACCCACCCACAUGUAUUAUGCAAACACAGACACAAAUACAUAUGUGCAUACACGUGCACACAUACACACACACCCACACACACACACACACACACACACACACACACACACACACACACUCACACACACACACACACACACACACACACACACCCACACUCACACAGACACACACACAGGCACACAAACACACACACACACACACACACACACACACACUUUAUUAUAUAAUGUUGCACAGCUUAGUGCCAGCAGUGAUGAAAGUAUUUAGUUGACCACUGCUCUUCCUAUGCAAUUAACCUAUGGCUGUCCAGCGAGGCCCUGAACACAGCGCACUCCCAUACUGCAACACCUCUGCACGUCUGGAGUCCCAAUGGUACAGACACGAGCUGCGUCCUGUGCCCCAUACAUUCUCCCCCUUUGAAUUCUGGAACAGGCACUCUUCAGCACUGUUUGGGCUCUGAGGGCACCUGUAGGUGACGACCUUUGCCCACGUUUUUAACUCUAAAGGGAUUACGUAUUUCCACAGAGUGCUUUGAAUGGGUUGGAAGGUCCAGAGUGUCUAAUUUUGCGUUAUUAUUGUAAAGGCUUGUGUUGCGCCGCAUUUCAAUAAAUGUGUUAUGUAUUAUGUAUACGUAUUUGUCACAGGGCCAAACACUCAUAACACAUAGAAAACCUUCCACAACCCAGGAUGGUGGCGAGGCCUAGGUUGUAUUACCUGCUAUUUAUGCUCUGUGAAAAGUGUCUGUUUCUCUGCUGGCCUGCAAUCAUCGUUUUAUGAUAAAAACAAAAAAAAAAAAGUAAGUAAUAAUGCGGAAAAGAAAGAGAGUCUGGUCUGGAUAUAGAAAUGAAACCUAGAGAACAGCGUGGUCUUGUUGGCUCGAGAUAAACAAGUCUGAAGUAAUCUCAGAGAUGCUGUCGAGAGAGCUCGGGAGAGUUCAGUGUCUGUGUGGCGGCCAUCUCCCACACACGCAACAGAACACGAGGACAGACAGAGAGAGAUGCACUAGAGAAGUAGACAUGUAGGAGAGAGACCUAGUCUGCACCUCCGUACUGUAUGUCAAUGAACCUACUAAACCAUUCCUACAUUACAAGCUUCCCUUUACAAAUCUACUUACAGUCCUUAUGGCAGGAAUGGGUGUUUGAGUAUUUUCAAGCACACAUACUGUACACACAUACUGUACACACAGACACACACACACACACAGACACACACACACACACACAGACACACACACACACACACACACACACACAGAAACGGUUUUAACAUUCCUUGAUGUGUUUCAGUAUUUGAAGCAUUAGCCAAAGAGCUGCUUACUUCUGUUGACAACCUUGAGUAGUGUAUGCAAUCCAGGUAGUGCCACAUUGUUUGCAUAGCGACUGUGAAUCUCCAAGCUUCUGCGGCCUUCAGCCUUCUCAACCAAAGAAGUCAUUCAGUUCCAUUUUAUUGGACUUCAUAAGAGUAAAUAUGAUGACCUUACAAGUUUUUAUUUUUUUGUUCUGUCUUGUUUUUUUUGUUUGUUUUUUUUAACUGAGCAGGCUCACCAGUGUGUGUGUAUGUGUGUGUGUAUAUAAUAGAAAGGCAACAUGCAUUUACUUAGAGUAACCUAGUAGGCGGUUGAAAGCCUACUUCAGAUUCUCCUGGUGACAUGAAAGAGGCUAAUGUAAUGGUAAAGUUUUUGUUUGUGAAGGUCGUCCAGCUUGUGGUCAGGAUAGCAUGUGAAAGACGCAUUGCUGUGGUGUGUUUGCCGUCAGGAUAGCAUGUGAAAGACACGUUGCUGUGGUGUGUUUCUCCUCUGCGGCUGGCUUGUGUUCCGUGAGCUCCGUGCAGGCCAUGCUUACCUCAGAGGCAUUGCUCACUUCAGUUGCGUGUGUCAGUCUCUGCCCAUUAAGCAGGGUUCAGACCAAAGAUUCGCGACGGGACGAGACGCGCCGCGACGUUCUAAAACCUUGCAACUGCGACUAAACAUGUUGAAUGCUUUGCGACGGCUUGCAACUACAGUAUGUGCAACAUUUGAUUCACAUCACCGCAACUCGUUCUCGUCACGUCGGGAAUCUAUGGUGUGAAUUGGGCCUUUUAGAACUGAGUGCCUUCCCAAGACUUUCCGUUCAUCGUCCUCUUUUGCCUUCCUAUGUGGUGCACAGCCGAGACCAUGAAACGCAACCCCACAACACUUUUAGAUAUUCAUCAUAUUUACUGUUUUAUGAACAAGGAAGAUAGUAAUAUCAAUGAAAGUAUUAUUUUUUUGUAGGAUUAAAUCAUAGAGAUACUCUGAACUUUUGACAAUAUGCAUUUUUAUAUUUGAUUGCAUUGACACUUUAUUAAGAAAGAUAUGCAAAUAUUUGAACUUUAAAGGAAAUAUUGAAAUAGUUGGGGAUACAGUAAAAGUUCACUUCUCGUCUUCAUUGUUGUGUCAUGGGCGUGAGCUGUAUCUGUAUACAUGUGUGUCAUUCAGUCAUGAGAUUGUGUCGUAAAUAUUGUCUUAAGGAAAGAACUCUGAAAUCUCUCGUUUUCAUUCAAGCAAAGGUACUGUUGUGUGUCCCACAAGCCCCCUGUCUCAUUUCACUUGCUGUCAUUUUAUUAGAAAGGUUUUUUUUGUUUUGUUUUGUUUUUUUUUACAUUUACUACCUAAUGUCAGCCUACAAAGUGGCCUGUCCAAAAUUGACUAAUGAUCUGAUAGCCUUUUGUCCAGAACUGCUCUAAAUGGGGAAGAUGGCUCUCAAGUGUAUGUGAUGUUUACUUGUUACCAUUAUUUGCAUGCGUGCAAAAAGCUUUUUCUGUUUUGUUUCCUUUUUCUUACUGUUUUUGCCUUGUUUGUUUUCUGAGGGUUCUUCCUUUGUUGUCUAUCACGCAAUAUGUCUCAACUUCAGAAGUACUCAGCGUGCAGGGAAAGGCCUGUUUAAUAUGGACCAUAUUGACCAGAAUGGACCAGCGGGCUAUUUAGACAGAGCUGUAGACAAAUGAUUGAUGGGAGUUAGAACAGUCAAACUAAAACAAUUCCAUCCAACUAACACCAAAAUACAGACUGAAGGUGCACACCAAUCCAACUGAUGGUAUGCGUUGGAGUUUGAGCACCUUAAAAGAUCAGGGCCAGACUCACACCAAAUCAGGGCCAGAUCAAAGCUUCCCCGGGGUCAGCUGAUAAUGCUGCCUGACAGGUCGUCCCCACAACAAUGCAGUGGCGCAGUCUGUCUUGAAAAUGAUGAAUGAUCAUCACAUCCUUCAUCAUGAGGUCUGUGUAUUGCUCCACUCAUCUUGUGCACAGGACUCCCAUCCAGCUGUGAGGCAUCUGAGCGAUCCCACGAGACCUGGGAUAGCCAGAGAGGCUACGUUCUCAUUGAAACAGCACGGCCUUUGGCAUGGCCUGCUGCUUAAUGUUAGCGAUAGCUACAAUACAUCCAGAACAUUUUAGUACUCCCAUUCUGUUGUGCUUUAAUCGUUGUACUUUCUUGUACUGUGCCCUUUCUUCACUUGUUGAUGCUAGAAUAUAUUUCAUGUGUCUUUUCAAAUACUCUGUGUUGUUUGUUCCUAGUCUGCUGGCUACUGCUCUCGUAUACCAAAGCAGAGAGAGAGAGAGAGAGAGAGAGAGAGAGAGAGAGAGAGGAGAAGAUGCUCUUGAUGCCUUCUUUAAAUGUAGAUGAAGAAUGUGAGUGGCUUGGCCCAGGGGAGUGUGUGUGUGCAGACAAAUACGAGUUCCUUUUAGUCAAUAAUUAAGCAGAGGCAUACAUGUCGUCACAGCCAUAUGGUCCCUGGAGACCCUAACCAGCAGAGCGCUUCCUCGCUCCUCAUUGUCUUUGCCUUCUGCCGCUGUCCUCAAAGGAUCUGUGUAGGCUCUGCUGCACGUGUUGAUCAGGCUACUCACCGUCUAACAGAAAUGUGUGCUGUCCACAUGUCCACCUUAAUGACCCUCAGAUUUUGAAAAACAUUUUUUUUUUUUUAAAUGUGCGCUGAAAUGUGGGUAAUGUAGGUAGUUCUACAAGUGGGUAUUCUGUGUCAGAGCUCUUCAGAAGACUUCUUUUAAAAGGUUGCUCCCAUCCAUGCUGCAUUCCCCUGCAUUGUUUGAAUAUUAUGCCAUGCCUAUAAAGAUAUGAAUAUAUUGCUUGGUGAAGUCAAAGGUAAAAAAAAAAUUGUUUCUAAUCACUUCUGCUGCACACCCCUUAUUCACAUUCUCUCAUUUCCAUCUUCAACUAGUUUCCUUAAAUAACUGUGUGGUAAGGUCCACAGCUGUGAACAAACUCUAAAUGCUUUACCAAGCAGGGUUUUACGGAAGGCAUCACCGUUUUGUGUUAAUGAUCUGUAGAUUCCAUAGAGGCUAUUCUCUAUACCUUAUUGUUGAAUUUUGUUCAGGCAGGUUAAGUCGUUGGUUUAACGGCCUGGUUUCUUCCACAUGGCAACUUGUAGAGCAUCCUUUAUGGAGAAAGUUCUGGAUCAUUCCUGUUAUUGUUGUUUCUCUCCUGUACUCCUGCCUCUUUCUCAUGUCCUCAAUAAAAAUGUUUGUAAAGGCACAA